AUGGUGCGACCCUGCCUAGCCUCGUCCUCUUUUUGCCGCGCGCACCCCGCCGCUUUGCGCGAGUCUAUUACCACCGCAUUACGCAGAACUAGUCGCCCAGCGUCGGUUAGUAAAACGAUCAACGGUAAGGUAUCACCUGGUUCCAUCACGACGCGCUUCGUAUCUCCAUUCGCUUCAUCUUCCAUCGACGCGUUUCGUCCCACGGCCGCUCCUCGAUCUCUCCUCUCGCUACAGUCACCUUCUGUUAACAUCAAGCUCGCGCCUUUUCGCGGCCUUUCCUCUGUUUUCGUCUUCGCGUCGCUCCUACCUCCUCUUAACUCGUCUCCGCUGACCGAUUUCCCUUCCAAGGCGACACCUUGGGAGUGCCGAUCCACCUGCCUUACCUCCAAGGCCGCGCCUUGGUAUUGCCGAACCACCAACCUUGCUCCGAAGAACCGGGUAACAGGCUUCUGCACCGUCCGAUCUAGAUCUACUCCUGCUAAAAGCGGAAUGGUGGACCCAGCUGCCCCAUCGGACGCGGAAGUUCCGCCGCGCGUCGCCACGGCGGGCGCUUCCCGCCCCGCGGAGAAUUCCGCUGCGGAAGAAGCGGAGCGUCCGGCGGAAGGGGGGGAAGUAUCGGCGGAGGACGCGCAGAUCGCGGCGGAAGUCGCGGCGAAGAAGGCGAAGCGCGACGCUUCGUCCUCGUCGUCUGCUGCUGAACCCGACUCCAUCCCUGGCGAAUCCUCUGCUGCUGCUCCUUCCGCCGCUACUCCCGCUGCAGCCGAAGAGCCUCAGGAAGCUUCCGCUGCUGCUCCCCCUACCGCGCCAUCCCCCGCCGCUCCCCCUACCGAGCCUUCCCCCGCCGCCCCCGUCGCGCGCCCGACGGUGUACAAGCUGCGCCAGGAUCACAGCGUGCUAUUCUCGGAAGCUUCCGCGUACUUGCUGGGGGAGGAGGGGUGCGUGCUGGUGCUGCAGCGAGGCGACCUCACCAAGUGGUCCGUGGACGGGCGGUCCGACGCUAUAGUGAAUGCAGCCAAUGAGAGAAUGCUGGGAGGAGGCGGAGUGGACGGAGCCAUCCACAGGGCAGCAGGCCCGGCACUGGUGAGGGAGUGCAAGGCGGUGCCGGAAGUCAGCAGCGGGGUGCGCUGCCCCACAGGCCAGGCUGUGUGCACGGGAGCGGCGGAGCUGCCAGUGAAGCAUGUGAUUCACACGGUGGGGCCCAUCUACACGUCAGCUGCGCGCUCUGCACCGCUGCUGCAGUCCGCCUACGUCCGCUCUAUGGAGGAGGCUCGCAAGGCAAAUGUCAAGUUCAUCGCCUUCCCGGCAGUUUCCUGCGGCAUCUAUGGCUACCCUUUUCCCGACGCUGCCCAGGUGUCCCUCAAGGCGCUUCAAGCAGCCUGUGCUGGCUUUUCAGAGGUACAUUUCAUUCUCUUCAACGAGGAGGCCAUGGAUGCAUAUGAAGGAGCAGCAGAGGACCUGCAGCUGCCGCUCCUCGAGAUCGAAACAGACGGUUGA